AGCUAUAUGUAUGUACAUACUUUGGGAUAAACAGCGUGUGUCGUGGCUUUGUGAGUUCUCAUCGGAAGCAAUGGAGGACGCCGGGAAACCUCAUAAGUCCGGCAACCCAUCGCGUAAGGUGGUUGAUUUGGCUGCCGGAGAAGCACACAAUCUCAUUCUUACUGGUGAUGGCGGUGUUUACAGUUGGGGUAGGGGAAUGUUUGGAAGGAUUGGGAAUGGCUCAGAAAAGGACGAGCUUUUUCCAGUGCAACUCAACUUUGGAAACGCAAACCCAAAUGGAACACAAGACAAUGUCAAGAUCGUGGGAAUUGCUGCUGGUGCUUAUCAUAGUCUCGCUCUUUCAGAUGAUGGAGCUGUUUGGUCUUGGGGUUACAAUUUCUAUGGUCAACUUGGUACAAAUGUAGAGGAAUCACAUGACAAUGAAUAUGAUGUUGGAGACUAUUGUUUAGUGCCCCGCUUACUGAACAGUUUUGUUGAAUUGCACACUGUCAAUUCUUCAUCGGGUGUGUCUGAAACAGAAGCCAAAACAUCACUUAAGAUAUGUGCUGUCAAAGCUGGAGGAAUGAUGUCUCUGGCCAUUGAUAACCGUGGAACCCUUUGGAUGUGGGGAAACUGCCCACAACAAAGUAAAGAAGGUGAGUUAGCACUCGUAAGCAGUUUCACUCCAACUCCAGUUCUGGAUUUUCUGGGUCGAUCUGUUGUCAAGGUUGCAUGUGGAAAUGAGCAUAUCGUAGCACUGGUUAGUGCUGGCGGAUCAUACAAUGGUGAAGAUCUAGUAUGCUACUCUUGGGGUUAUAAUACCCGUGGUCAAUUAGGGUUGGGGGAUAGAGAGAAGAGGCUGCAUCCGGAAGUUGUUAAAACAUUUGAUGAGGAGUCACCCUAUGAGGUGGCAUGUGGCGCCUAUCACACUGCUUUGCUCACUCGUGUAAAGAAAACUAGUGACACAUUAGAGAGCACAUGCUGGACCUUUGGCCUUGGAGAUAAUGGCCAACUUGGGCAUGGAACAACACAAAGCACAUUAUUUCCUACACCUGUUAAAGAAUUGCCACGAAAUAUAUCCCUUAUUUGUGUUGACUGUGGUUUGUUUCAUACAAGCGUAGUUUCCUCAGAUGGGGAUGUGUGGUCAUGGGGAAUGGAGAAGGGUCUUGGCUUAUGCCCUGAUGCUAGUCGAGCUGGAACAGAUUCUGGUGAUGCACUGUCUCCCCGUCUUAUGUCAUGGAAGCCAAAUCAACCUAAAUUUCCAGAUCCAGUUAAACUUGCAUGUGGGGCAGCACAUACUGUUAUAAUUGCGAAAGGGGGAUAUAGAAUGUGGUCUUGGGGUAGGGGAAGAAGUGGAGUUCUUGGAGAUGGUAAAGGAAUAGAUUGUUACACUCCCACGCUCGUACUAUGGCCCCAAAUGAUGGAGGACUCUGAGGAAGAGGAAGUAAAAGGCGAUGGUGAACAAGAUAAGGCUAGAGAAAAUGAGACUGAAGCAACAAAUGAAGUAGAAGAGAAACUAUCCUCAGCAUUGAAUGAGCUGAAGCUGCUUCAAACAAAGUUAUCUGUGAUUAGAAAAUAUGCCAGUAUACUACAUGGUUCUGUUUUUGGAAAGCCCUUUGAUGAGCAAGAUAUCCCUGAUUCGUUGCAGAAUUCAGGUUCAUUUGACAUUGGAAAAGAAUGGGAGAAGAUGUUAGGGACUGCAGAUCAUAGGAAGCUAAUUAGGUUGGAAAUGUUUUACCGAGACAUGCUUGCUGGAGUAAAAGAUGAACUAAUGAAGAGAAGGAUCAAGGAAAUUGUAAAGGAGUGUCUCCAAUCUUCAGAGGCGUAAAAUCAGUAUCUAAAUGUAAAACAUGAUACCAUUCUGAACAAAAGGAUUUCACAUAAAAAGUAAUGAGCUAUUUGAUCAUUCCAUUUUGCACCA